AUGAAAUUUGGGAAAGUAAUUCUACAGCAGGGGAGGGAACUGCCAGACAAGCAGUUCCUGGGGUACAAGCAGCUGAAGAAGAUGUUGAAGCUGAUUAAACCUCCAAUCAAUCGUGACGAUAAUUGUCAGGCUGCUCUGGACCUUGGAACUUCCAAAUCUGAUCACGCAACACGCACAUCCCAGAGUGAGGAAGAACCCAAUCAGUCUUCAUCUGUGACAAGCAGCCGCCCAGGGAUUUUGUCUGCACAGGAGACAAAAUUUAUCAAAGCUCUCAAUGAGGAACUUGAAACGUUAAACAGCAUUUUCAUGGAUGAGGAGGAAUCGAUAGUGAUGCGCCUGCAAGACCUGGAGAGCGAACUGAAUGAUGCUCAGGAUUGUGAAAACAACGAGGAGGAAAUCGGCAAACUUGCCAAGGCAUUCAUCGACUUCCAUGGUGAGAUUGUGAUGCUCUUGCACUGGGGUCAUGUCAACUAUGUGGCAGUGACAAAGAUACUGAAGAAGCAUGACAAGCAGACGGGCCUGCCCCUCCACACCCCUUGCAUCGAGACUGUCCUGCAGCAGCCCUUCUUCUCCACUGAGCUGCUCCAGCGACUGGCAAAACGCGUUGGGUCCAUUGUUGACAACCUCAUCAGUGAUGGUUCCCCCACUGGGGACUCUGGCUCAAGCGAAGAGGACAAUGACAAGGAGGAAGCAGCCCCCCCCAUAGACAAGCCCCGAGGGAUACAGCAGACACACAUGGCAUUGGGCAUGUGGCGGGAACUGAGGGUCAACGCAUCCACGCCCUCCACUUUGGUGCACGUGGCAGGAGACCACCUGCCGGAGGCCCUGCUGGCCCAGGAGGAGCCUGCCGCAAGCACCGGGCCCAGGGUAGCUAUUGUGGAACACGGCAAAGAUUCGGAUGGGAGUGAGAGCUGCAAGGUGUCGCCAGAGAGGCGGAAAAGGGCUCGGGCUGCUGAUGAGGAACCUGGAAAUGGCACCCGUCGUCGCCGUGUGUGCUAA